AGCCUAGUAUUGGAUUAGCGAACGACUUACGUUUUGUUAGUGAACUAGUGUGGCGGAAUGCAUACGCACGGGGGUUUGACGCCUAGUAAUCUGUGGCAACCGGGAGAAUUUACACGACGUAUGAUGGGAGAGCGGCCCUCUCCGGUCCCGCCGACGAGGGACCUCUGGCCGCCGGUGCAGCAGCCUCUAAGCAUAAGCACCUUACACAUAGCUUACCUUAAAGAUGACGAUCUAUCACCGAGAAGGGCGUCUACGCUACCGCCGCAACCCUACACUCCAACUACAAUUCCCAUAGAACAUGAGUACAGGCCUGGAGUAUGCACCGUUGGAACUAACACCGAACCACCGCCGUCUCUCAUGUUCAAACUUAAAAAUCUUCUGAAACGAAACACCCGUGAAACGAAUGUGUUUCCGCCACCGGUACUGUUCACCCCGGUAAACAGAGACAGUUCAUCUGAAUACGAAGACUCGCCGUUACAACGUGCAUUUAAUGGAAUUAAAAAAGCAAUAUCGGGUGCUAAAUAUCGUAUUGCACCACGUUCCGAUACGGCGGAUAGCCCCAAAAUAGUAUAUGAUAUGUCGAAACCUGGUGAUAGAAUGGUUACAACUUUCGGAGCUAGUGAAUCCAGAAAAUGGUUCAAAUUUCCUUCGCGGGCAACUUACACUCGACGUCUCCGAGCUGUAGCCGACUGUUGCCAUAGGACCCCACAGCGCCCGCCCAGACGUAACGUGCAGCCUAAGAGCUUGCAGAUCACACAGGUGAUCGCACUAAUAUGCGGCCUGCUAGUGAUCAUCCUGAUGGUGUUGGGGCUGGCGUCAGCUGACUGGCUGAUGGCGGCGGGCUGGCGGCAGGGGCUCUUCAUGCACUGCAUCGACCCUGAAGCGCCUACGCCGCUCCCCUUCGAUAUCACGGCGCAACCGGGAUGCUACGCUGCGAGGCCCGCGCCAUACAUAAAGGCGGCAGCCGGUCUGUGCGUGGCGACGCUGGCGGCGGACGUGUGCGGCGCGCUGCUGACGGCGCUGGGGCUGCGCGCGGCCGACCACCGCACCAAGUUCCGCUACUACCGGUUCGCCGUGCUCGCCAUGUCGCUCGCACUGAUGUGCAUCUUAAUAGCGCUGGUGAUAUAUCCAGUUUGCUUUGCGGCAGAAUUGAAUUUAGGUAACAGAUCAGUAUGGGAGUUCGGGUGGGCGUACGGCGUGGGGUGGGGCGCCGCCAUUUUCCUUUUCGGCGCAGUCGUGCUGCUGCUCUGCGAUAAGGAAAGCGAAGAACUCUACUACAAGGAGCGGAAAGUGGUGAGCGGCGAAGCGGGCGCCCGCCCCUAGGGCCGCGGGCGCCUGCCCGACCUCGUGCCGUGAGAGCGCUAGCGCACACGCGCACACACCCACACACGCACCCCACGCACACACACCAACCACUUGGACCACACCGCAUACGUCUAAUGUUUAUUAUGUGUAAACUCCUUUGUCGAUUUGUUUUUUUUGUAUGGAACAAUGUCUACUACAUUUGAAUAUGGAACUUCUGUGGUUUUUGGUUUAAAUGUCUAUUGGCGGUUGUGUUUUGUAUAGCGAAAUGAAGAAGCCCAAUUUUUUUGUUUCUAGAUAAUUGAGAUUGUGUUCCAGUAAGAGAAAUGUAAUUAUAACAGACUUGCGUAAAUUGGACUUCUUCAAUACGCUGUUUUUAAUGCUCCCUUAUCACCGUUACAGUUAUGAUGUAAUACGAAUAUGAGAAAUGUAGGUAUUAUAUUGUAAUUUUAAACUUGAUUAAAAGCAUGUUUGUAAUUCUGUUAAGUAUCUGGUUUAAAAAUUGUCCAUAAUUUUUAAAUUAAUACUAAGCGAUGUGGUCCAAUUUGUUGUUAAGACGAAUGUUGUACGAUUUUAAGAAUUGUUAUUUUGGUAAAUCCCGUAAGAAUUCUUCAAAACGUAUCAAGAGUAAAUUGUAACGAGAUGUUCUGUUACGAGUGUGGAGUGCGGCGAUGUAAACUUUAACUAUUAUUCUGCAAAAUCGAAUCGAUAUCCAGAGAACUGCUUUUACCCAAGGAUAAUUAAUCUGUAAACAAUUAUAAGAUUAUUUGUCGAUUCAAAUUUGCAGAUACAUGGUUGCAAGUCUGCUGCGAUUACGAAUACUGUACGACUCGCGUUUGUUUUUAUUAAUUUUAAACCUUUUUCUUGCUUUAUUCGAGCAGUGUUUUGUGAUUUAUUUUGUACAAAUGACGUUCAUAUCAGAAUACAGUCUGAAAUGAAUGUCGUCUACAUCAUAAAAAUAUGUAUUUUUUACAAUUAGUUUAAGUUAUUUUUAUAAUUAUUUAAGCUUUAAUUAUAUUAUGUCGAUGAUUUUAUGUGAUUGAAAUGAAAUGAUUUUCACCGAAGGCGUAAUUUUUUUGGUCGCCCGUUCGAAAUUUUCCCUUUAGGCAUCAGAGUCGUUUGGAAAUAACUUCAAAAUUUUUAGCCGCGUACGUGCGCUCGUCAAAAUUAUAAACGUAUCACAUAAGAUCGUAUCGCCUCUCGGCCAUAUUGUGUUAAUGUUUAAUUUUAAGGUUAAUUUAAGGGCGUCGUUAAUUUAGUUUGAGGGCGUCUCGGCGAGACCGGCGACCGCUCCACAGCGCCUCGAAUGUAAUCCGUUCCAAAGAGCGUCGCUAUUAUUUAUUGUUAACUUAUUCGUUGGUCCUUAGCGGGUUGUAAAUAUUUUUAGUGUGGUAGUAUCGUUCGUCGGCACGGAGUUUAGUGCGGCAGAGUGUGUGGCGUGACGUAUGGCUCGUGACGUGUGGUGUGGCAUGGCGUGGCGUGGCGUGGCGUGGCGUGGCGUGGCGUGUGGCGUGUGGCGUGUGCGACGCGCGGCGGCGGGCAGGCGGCGGGCGGCAGGCGUCGCUCGCGCAAUACUACUGACUUAUUACUUACCUGCGUUUUGUAAUAUGAACUUGUACUCUUAGAGCUACUGCACAAUUAGUGUAACGAGUGUGCUUGGAUUAUUGUAUCGAUGCGACCGACGACUCCGUAGAACGAAACGACGACGUUCGUGUACGUCGAGCUCUACGGUCGCGAUGAUGUUUCUGAGAUUAAACGGGCUAUGACUACUUGAAAUAUGUAACGGAAUUAAUGAUUUCGGUCGAAGUUACCUUACCUAGGGUAUGUUUGAAUGUAUUUUUGUCGUAUUAUUUAUAAUGUUCACGUGUACCGAUCGAUUCGGUCCCGUUCGGCCUCGGUGAUAUUCGUCAGGAAUCUCGUUUGUUUUAAGUAAAACUAUAAAGAUCCUUUUCGGAAUUGAAAAUUAAUUCACGAGAUAUUUUCUUAAUAUUUAUAUAAUUGUCUAUGAAAUAAAUUGUAUCGCUAGGACAGCUGUAGGCUAAUGAAUAAUGUUAAUGGUUAAUUAUUAUAACUUCUAAGGCAUAUUAAUAUUUAAGAAUUUUAACUUGAAAUCUGCAUUUUACAUUUACCUACCUAGAUUUCGAACAGGACUAAAUUUGCCAUAGUUACUAGAUGUUUUUUUCCUUUAAAAAAACUGGAAAGAUUGUAUAUAAUUCAAAUAUUUAUAUAUAUUAAAAAAUACUUCUAUUUAUAAAGAUUAAGCGAUAAUUAUUACUGAUUACUCAAAACUAACUGAAAAAUGCAGAUUUUUGUAAUCUCUAAUAGUGUUAAUAGUUUAUUAGUGAAAGAUACUGUAUUUUUUGUAAUCAAGCAUUAUCUUCUAACUAUUCUAUUAACUAUUGGAUCAUAUUUAUUGGUUAAUGCUUUAAUUUUGUACGAUUUUUUGUAUUUUUACAUCAUUUGGUUUGUGAUAAUUUUAAUUACUUAAGGAUUUUAGUAAUUGUAUCAAUUUUAGAAUCUCUAUUGUUAACUCUAUCUCUACUAUUUAUCACUAUACUCUCCUUUACAUGCAAUUUUUUCGAUGUUCAAGACAAAGUGAAGAAUAUGCAAAACACUGCCAUUGACUGAUUUAACUUCGUCGAAUGGUGUCAAUGUUAUACGUUAAGUGUACAUUUUAAAUAGAUAUAAUACAUAGCUACUUGUUUUUUGUUCUUUGUUUAUAUGCUUGGGCAAAUUGCUUCCUUCGUGCUAGUCAAAUACUGAUACAAUACAAAUUUCACGGAUUUUUUUUUCUUUUCAAAUAAUGUACCUUAUAGAAAACAAGUCAUAUUUUGGUUACAAGAGAUGCAUGUAAAAGUACAAGUCGAGUCAAAUAAAAAGAACGCUGACGGAUGGCUGCGCAUUGGCGAUUUAUCGGUCUAUUUGGUGUUAUGAGGUGGUUAUAAGCAGGGGCGUAGCUACCGCCGUAUCUGCCGUAUCAAUUAUACGGGGCCCCCGCGCCAAGGGGGCCCCCAACGUGCGAUAUUGUGAGAAAUCUACCCUUCCUAAGGGCCCCCAAACAAAUUUUUAUACGGGGCCCCGCCAAGGCACGCUACGCUUCUGGUUAUAAGAAUAACAAAUAUGUAGGUAAUUGCGAAGCCAUGAUUCGCGAGCCUAGUUCAAAAAUAAAAUAAUCGGCACAUAGCUUUCGUGCAAAACUCGAUCCAUGUGCAAACACACCCCAUCACUUUCAUCCAGCGUUCUUUUUACGUGACGCGUACUGUAGUAUUUAUAUAUAAAUUUGUUGUCUUACCAAUUCUUUCUAAAUUAAUUAAAUACAAUUGUAAGAAUAAAGUCAAUUAACUAAGACCACCUAUUAAUCUCAUUUUAAAAGUCAAACAGACAUUAUUGUUUUAUUUUUAACACGCAUUUGCCCAAGUUUAUAUGAACUAUUGGAUUAUUUUAGCCAAAUGAUGAGUCAUAUCAAUGAGAUUGAAUAAAGUAAUAAUCUAGUGAA